AAGAAGCAAUCGUUCCUGGUUCUCCCAACUGCGCAGGCGCGCCGCUGUUGUCGUCACCGUGCCUUAUCAUCCAAUCCCCUUCGCCUCCUGUCCAAGCAAGAAAAUCACUUUUGGCCCCUCCUGCGGCCCGUCCUUUUUUUUUUUUCUUUUCGUUACUAGGGACUGUUGGCGGUCACGUGACAACUGCUGGAUUUCCCAACAUGGCGGCGGGAGGAGGAGAAGCAGCAACAGCAGCGGCGGCCGGAGCAGCGCGGGCCGUGAGGCGGAGCAGGGCUUGAAGCGGCGCGGAGGGAUUCAGUCUUCCGUUCCUCGUUCUCCUCCUCGGUCGGUUCCCCUCUCCCGCGACGCCCUCCUUCCCCCGCGGGGCCCUCACGGCAGCCAUGAGGGAGAAAGGCCGCAAGAAGAGGAAGGGCAGGACCUGGGCCGAGGCCGCCAGGACGGUCCUGGAGAAAAAUCCCAACACACCGAUGAGCCACAAAGAGAUCCUCCACGUCAUCCAGAAAGAAGGCCUGAAAGAGAUCAAGUGAGUGUCUUUUGGGAGAUGCUGCUCCAGGUGUCUGAUGCUGACGGUUUUCAGACAUGAGUGGAAGAGAGUGCAUCCGGUAGACUAUUAGGAAGUUAUUUUUUAUUUAUUUAUAUAUUUCCAAUAUUUCUAUCCCGCCCUUCUCACCCGAAGGGACUCAGGGCGACGUACAAUUGGCAACAAUUCAAUGCCGACACAUCAUUAAAAACAACAACAUAUAAAAAUGUAUUACAACCAGUUAAAUCUAUAUAUAUAAAUGAGUGAUGGCAUCACGGCGACCCACAAAACAACAAAACUAUAGGCCCCCCAACCUCGAAAUUUGACAACACAACCCAUCGUCCAUGCCUCUAGGUUGAUACAACAAAAAGAAAAGAAAAAUAAAGUCCUAAUUAGAGGGAGGGGAAUAAUUGUUUUUAUCCAAUUGCUAAUCUCUGCCCACUUGGUCUCCUAGCAACCAACUCAGCCAAGGGACAGCCAGGGUUCAGUUAGGGGACAGGCAGAUUUAGGCCUCACUUAGGCUUCUUCCACAGAUUAUCUAAUUUGCACUGGAUUAUAUGGCAGUGUAGACUCAAGGCCCUUCCACUCAGCUAUAUAACCCAUUUAUAAUCUUAUAUUAUCUGCUUUGCACUGGAUUAUCUUGACUCCACACUGCCAUAUAAUCCACUUCAGUGUGCAUUUUAUACAGCUGUGAAGAAGGGGCCUCAUAUAAUCCAGUUCUAAGCAGAUAAUAUAAGAUUAUCAAUAUGCAAUAUACAAUUCCUCAGUACUUUAUUUCCCAUACCACCAUACUUCGCCCCAGCAACGCGUGGCCGGGCACAGCUAGUACUGUAUAAAAUAGGACCUGGCUGUGGCGCAGGCUGGAAAGCAAGCCAGCUGCAACAAAUCAACAAAUCACUCUGACCAAGAGGUCAUGAGUUCGAGGCCAGCCCGGUGCCUGCGUCUUGUCUCUGUUCUGUGUCGUGGCAUUGAAUGUUUGCCUUUAUGUGUGCAAUGUGAUCCGCCCUGAGUCCCCUUUGGGGUGAGAAGGGCGGAAUAUAAAUGCUGUAAAUAAAUAAAUAAAAAAAUAAAAAAAAUAAAAAAAUAUAAAACAUGAAACAUAUGCAAUUGUGGGAACUGGAGUCCAAAACACCUGGAGGGAGGGCUGAAGUUGCCCAGGCCUGGUGUAUCUAUCUUGUUUGUGCAGCUAUAAAGACUGGGACACAGAUCCAAUGGAUCCGAAUGGCAGGGAGAUAGAUUAUUACAGUAGAGUCUCACUUAUCCAAGCUAAACAGGCCGGCAGAACCUUGGAUAAGCAAAUAUCCUGGAUAAUAAGGCGGGAUUAAGGAAAAGCCUAUUAAACAUCCAAUUAGGUUAUGAUUUUACAAAUUAAGCACCAAAACAUCAUGUUAUACAACAAAUUUGACAGAAAAAGUAGUUCAAGACGCAGUAAUGUUAUGUUGUAAUUACUGUAUUUACGAAUUUAGCACCAAAAUAUCACGAUGUAUUGAAAACAUUGACUACAAAAAUGGCUUGGAUAAUACAGAAUCUUGGAUAAGUGAGUCUUGGAUAAGUGAGACUCUACUGUAUUAUUAUUAUUAUUAUUAUUAAUGUGUUGUCGAAGGCUUUCAUGGCCGGAAUCACAGGGUUGUUGUGUGUUUUCCGGGCUGUAUGGCCAUGUUCCAGAAAUAUUCUCUCUUGACGUAGAAGUGGGUGAAACGUCAGGAAAAAAUACUUCUGCAACAUGGCCAUACAGCCCAGAAAACACACAACAACUCCAUUUAUUUAUUUAUUUAUUUAUUUAUUUAUUUAUUUAUAUCCUGCCCUAUCUUCUUGAGGGGACUCAGGGGUGCCACCUAAACCUGAGGAAGAACUUUGUGAUAGGAAGAAAAAAAUUGGACAGUGGAAUCUGCCGCUGCCUGAGAGUCUUCUUUCUGGAGACUUUUAAGCAGAGCCUGGAUGACCAUCUGUUGAGAGGGCUUUGAUUAUGUGUUCCUAACUGGCAGAAGGGGGUACGACUGGAUGGCAUUUGGGGUUGCUUCCAACACCGUGAGUCUCUCUGAACGGCUUCUUAGAGGUCUUCAUGGUUUCCAAACCUUUGAUCCUUUUGAUUGUCCCUCUCAGGGCGGAUCACAUUGUACACAUAUAAGGCAAAAGUUCAAUGCCAUAUAACAUAGAACAGAGACAGACACAGAGGCAAUUUAAACCUUCUCCAGCUUCCAGCUUCCUGAGGGUCUGCUUGAUUCCGGCCACAAGGGGAGCAGCUAUUUUAUCAUCCACUGCGACGGCACUUCCUCAUUCCAACAGCAGCUGGGUGAUUUUUAUGCUGUCGUAAAUUAGCCUCCCCACAUAUAAGUGGUACCUAAAUUUCCUACUUGAUAGAUGCAACCAUCUUUCGGGUUGUUUAGGUCAGCAACGAGCAGGGACUAUAUUUUAUUUUUGUUGGGUGCUCACUUCAACACGGGCUGGCUUCGAACUCAUGACCUCUUGGUCAGAGUGAUUUAUUGCAGAUGGCUGCUAACCAGCCUGCGCCACAGCCCGGCCCCUAAUCAUCCAUAUACUUCUUGAAUUGUGUUGUCCAGAAGUGAACACAAUGAGGUCUGAGCAAAACAGAAUAGAGUUGGACUAUAGAACAGAUAAUGCGGGAGAGGGCAACCAUGGGUUCAUAUUAGUCAGAGAAAGCCCUGGCCCAGUACUUUUUGAUUGUCCCCCACUGGACACACAGAAUAGAAUAGAAUAGAAUAGAAUAGAAUAGAAUAGAAUAGAAUAGAAUAGAAUAGAAUAACUUUAUUGUCAUUGUAUGCCGUAUAACGAAAUUAAAAACCAUCCCCAAUCACAUUAUAUAUGUAGAAUUACAAAACAAAACACCCAUCCUUCUGUCAGAGUGCGCGGUUUGGAUAAACACACAUGCAGCGGAAGAUCAACGAAGCAUCACUGGCACCAAUAAAGAGGCUGAAGCCUAUUUGGCUUUCUACAAAAGAUUUACUAACAAAUGGAAAAACUCUCAAGACGAUAUAUACAUACAGAGUGCAGAGAGGCAGAGAGCAGAGGGCAGGGGGGAGAACAGAUAACACAGGGAGCUAUUUAUAACCACCUCUGCUGUCUGAUGCAAUACACAGUUAACUCUUUACACACUCGCAUAGUGGACAGCAGACAGUGCAUGAUGCAAUCUCCAGCUCACAUUGCACCACUAUAACCCAAUUACAUUUAAACAACUCUAUAUAUAAUCAUUCCCACUUCAACACCUUUCACAUUCUAAUCACUAUUGCAUAACCCUGUAAUGCCACAUCAGUUUGGAACUAUAGAGUUCAAUAUAGUCACAGCUCUGGGAUAAAAACUAUCUCUCUACCUAUUUGUCCUUCUUUUUAUCCUGUACCAUCUGCCAGAUGGUAAUAAUUCAGAAAAAGAAUAAUCCAGAAUGAGAUGGAUCCUUAAGAAUAUUUUUAGGCAGUGGCAAUUAUAAAGUUUUUCCAAAGAGGGGAGAGGGCAACCGUCGUGGUCGAAACAUCAGGAGAGAAUACUUCUGGAACAUGGCCACACAGCCCGAAAGACAUACAACAACCCUGCAUCCCAAAAGCCAUUCAGGCAAAACUUCUGCCAUAAAGGAAGAUACAACCCGGGCCCUCCUGAUGCAAAACCACAACAGGGCAUGGAAGCUCUCCUGUGGCAUUCAGGGAGGAAAUAAAUACCUUUGCUGUGGGUCAUUGGGAGCAUUGUUAGUAAGAGAUCAUAGUUUUGCCUUGCUGAACACUUAAAAAGGUUGUGUUUUUCUCUCUCCCUUUCUGCUUCUGCCAUUGUUGCCUGUUCUUCCUUUGGAUUUCGACCAUCUCCAGAAGGUAAGAACCAUUGUUGACGUUGACACAUUUAUUUAUUUAUUUAUUUGCAGCAUUUAUAUUCCGCCCUUCUUUCUCACCCCGAAGGGGACUCAGGGCGGAUCACAUUGCACACAUAAAGGCAAACAUUCAAUGCCAUGACAUAGAACAAAGACAAAGACAAGACGCAGGCACCGGGCUGGCCUCGAACUCAUGACCUCUUGUGAUUUGUUGAUUUGUUGCAGCUGGCUUGCUUUCCAGCCUGCGCCACAGCCCGGUCCUUAAUAAACAGAAAUAAAUGGUAAUGGUGGAUUAACUUCACAGCCGCUUAUUUCACUUAGUUCAGUUAUUUCUAGCCCCGCUUUAGGCCUCACGGCUGCCUCGCACUCCCUUUCCUUGCAAACCUAUCUGGAUGGAGGUGGUCAGAUUUAAUUUAUUUAGGCAGUGCGAGGAGGCACCCUCAAGACUGUGUGCAUGACAAUGGAGGGAGAAAAAAUACAACAGCAAAGCAGUGCAGAUCAUUGUUGAAGAUCAUCAUCAUCAUCAUUUAAUUACUUAUUAAUCGCCCUCCAUCCACGAUGCUCUAGGCGAUUUACAAGAUAAAAUUGUAAAGGAUAAAAACAUACAUACAAAUAUUGAUAAAAUUAACAUAGAUUAAAAGCUCUAGUAAAGAUGCCAGGGAUGAGGCAGUCCACAAAAGUCAAAGAGUUCCAGAUACAGUAGAGUCUCACUAAUCCAAGCUAAACGGGCCGGCAGAAGCUUGGAUAAGUGAAUAUCUUGGAUAAUAAGGAGGGAUUAAGGAAAAGCCUAUUAAACAUCAAAUUAGGUUAUGAUUUUACAAAUUAAGCACCAAAAUAUCAGGUUAUACAACACAUUUGACAGAAAAGGUAGUUCAAUAUGCAGUAAUGUUAUGUUGUAAUUAAUGUAUUUAUGAAUUUAGCACCAAAAUAUCACGAUAUAUCGAAAACAUUGACUACAAAAAUGGCUUGGAUAUUUAUUUAUUUAUUUAUUUAUUUAUUUACAUCAUUUAUAUUCUGCCCUUCUUUCUCACCCCGAAGGGGACUCAGGGCGGAUCACAUUACAUAUAUUAGGCAAACAUUCAAUGCCUUUUUAACACAGGACAAAGACAACAACAUAGCUCCGAGCGGGCCUCGAACUUAUGACCUCCUGGUCAGUGAUGCAUUGCAGUUAAUUGCAAUGGCUUGCUCUCCCGUCUGCGCCACAGCCCCGGAGCCGAUAAUCCAGAGGCUUGGAUAAGCAAGGCUUGGAUAAGUGAGACUCUACUGUAUUAGGCUUCUUGAUGAUGAACACAAUUCACGCAGAGGUUGGCUUGGGCAGGGAGAGGGGGUGUUUCUACUUCCAUCCUGCAAGACCUCGACCCAGGAGGCUCAUUCUCGCAAGAGCCCGGCAUUUCCGCUCCUCUCACCCUUUCUUUCUGCUCUCAGCGGGACCUCUCCUCUCGCCUGCCUGAAUGCCAUGCUGCACACCAACUCCCGAGGGGACGAGGGCAUUUUCUACAAGGUCCCCGGCAGGAUGGGCGUCUACACCCUCAAGAAGGAUGUGCUGGAUGGGCUAAAAGAGCUGUCGGAGGGGUCGGAGGAGAGCAGCGACGUGCAUCUGGACUCCCCCGCCUCGGAAAACAGCAGCAGCAGCGAGAGGAGCAACAGCGGCCACAGCAGCAGUAGCAGCAGCAGCGGCAGCAGCGAGAGGAGCAGCCCCAAAGACGGGCGGAAGAGCAGGUGGCGCCGGAAAGUGUCCACGCGGCUCUCGCAGGUCUCCUCCCCGCAGCUGGGCACCCCGUCCCCUUCCGGCAAAGCCAUCUCCUCCUCCCAGAAGCACAGCAAAAAGGCCCUGAAGCAGGCGCUGAAGCAGAAGCAGCGGAAGCAGCAGCAGUGCCGGGCCAGCACCCCCGUCACCUCCGGCCACCUCCUCCUCCUCCAGCCACACUCCAAGGCGGUCAGCCAUGCCUCUGCCCCGGCAAAAUCCGGUAGGAGACCCACAGCCUGGGAAGCAAAGCAGUCGGACGGGCAUUCAAGCAGCCCGCCCAAUUCUACGUCCAGCUCCUCCCCUUCAGUCAAAGCGGAGCCCUCCCUGCCGGUCCUGGGCAAGAAGCCUUUCCAGAGGUCCGACAGACUCCAUGCAAGGCAGUUGAAAAGGACGAAGUGCGCUGAGAUCGACGUGGAGACCCCGGACUCCAUCCUGGUGAACACCAACCUGCGGGCCCUGAUCAACAAGCACACCUUCUCCCUCCUGCCGGCCGACUGCCAACAACGGCUCCUGCUGCUACUCCCGGAGGUGGACAGGCAGGUGGGGAUGGACGGCUUGACGAAGCUCAGCAGCUCUGCCCUGAACAAUGAAUUCUUCACCUCUGCGGCCCAAAGCUGGAAGGAGCGGCUCUCGGAAGGGGAGUUCACGCCGGAGAUGCAGCUGAGGCUCCGGCAGGAACUGGAGAAGGAGAAGAAAGUGGAGCUGUGGAAGGAGCACUUCUUUGAGCGCUACUAUGGCCAGAGCUCUGGGAUGAGCCCCGAAGAGUCCCAGCGACUGACUUCCUCCCCUCCUGCGGUGCAAAGCCCAGCGGCUCAGCUGCAGAAAUGCCCCCCGGCAGUGGCUGUGGAUGUCAAGGAAGAGCAUGCCCCGCGGCCUCCGUCCCUCUUGGCCCCUCCACCGUCACCUCCAGCCGCAGCCAGCCAAGAUACCAAGGAGGAGGAGGAGAAGCCAGAGCAGCGCCCAGCUUCGCCUGGAGCACCAGCAGGGCCUAUCGAGAGCAGUGUCCAAGCCCCCCGCAGGCUGUCCAGGGGGGCCGAGGAGCCUGCUGCGGGGGAGAAGCAGGAGGAGAAGCCACAGGAUGCAAGCAAGCCAAAGAACCUCUCCCCUGCUGCUGCCACUGCCGCUGUUGCUGCGGCUCCCACCACGGUGGCUCACCCUGCUCCUCAGCCCAGUCCCAGAGAGGAGGUCCAGACGGCGCCUGCCGCAGAGACCCCCACCACCAGCACGGAGCAAAUGGACACCAGCACCCGUCCCUUGAAGAGGAAGCCGGAGGGGCCCGAGGAGGCCUCGCUGGCCCCCGAGAAGCGUCCCCACGUGUCAGAGAAAGAGGCCCCCACCCGCCCGCCUUCUCAGGCCCCCCCGCAGCACUUUCCCACCGCGCCGGUGCCAAAGGUCCCUCCGCUCAGGAUCCCCGUCUCCAGGCUCCAGGGUGUCUCCGUGCCCUUGCCCUCCGGCCAGGGCCGCCCUCCCCAGCCCAGCUUCCCCAUCACCAUCCCCCGCAGGACGGGGGCCCGGACACUGGCCGACAUCAAGGCCCGGGCCCAGAUGGCCAGGGCUCAGCGGGCAGCUGCCGUCGCUGCCCAGGCCGCCGCCGCCGCCAGUGCUGGUACUGCUGCGUCCGUCGCAGGGGUCAUCCCAGGCCCGGGGCCCGGCGGGGGGAGAGCAGAGGGGCACAGUGGCCCGGGGCCAGGGGGGCCUUGUGGAGCUGCAUUGGACCUGGCUGGCCCCACAGGAAGCGGGCCGGGCCAGCGAAGGCCCUUGCCAACCAGCACCGGUCCCUGGCCCACAAAACCAGCAGCGACGGCGGCCCCGGAAUCGACGUCCCUCGGGAGUGCUGCUGGAGCACAACUACAGCAAAGGGCCCCAGGCCAGACCAGACCGGCCAGCGCAGAGGCCCCGCCCACCACCCGGCCAGCAGAAGGGAGCGCCAGCCACACCGGCCCCAGACCUGUGAUGGUCACCACCGCCCAAAGCGCCCAGGGUCCCCCUGCCCCAAACAUUGCUCUCUCUCAACAAACAGAAGGCCCCGGGAGAACCUUGCCCCCUUCUCUGGGCCCAGCCCUGACCCACAGGACAGAAGGCACAGGGGCCACCUGUGGGAGCAGAGCCCCCUCUGGGCCCCCCUUGUCUCAGGCGGCAACUGAUGCACCCUUCAAGGCACCCCCUCGCCCUCCACUUUCUCAGGCGACGCCCGUGACACCCCCUCCCUCCCGGAGCCUCAGUGUCCACCCAGGAGCCUUGGGCGGCAGCCCUCCUUCCCUGCGGUCAAGCUCCAGCAUUCCUGCCAACAACCCACUGGUCACUCAGCUGCUGCAAGGCAAAGAGGUCUCCAUGGAGCAGAUCCUCCCCAAGACCCACCUCAGAGCAGAGAUGAGGACGGUGCCGGUGCCCACGAGAGAAGGCCAGGCCCCCGCGACCGCUCCCCCCAGGACCCUGCCGCCAAGGGAAGUCAAUGCAGGACAAUCUCUCCCCCCGGCCUUCAGCCAGGCAGGCAGGCCGCCCCAUGGACCGACCCCCGCUUCCUCCUUCCCAGGGCAAGACGUCUGGGGCACUCGCGCCAACCCUUGCGCCGGUCAGGAUGCCACUGUGCAGGGGAUGCGGGAAGAGGUCCUCCCGGCCCUUCUGCACUUGGCCCCUCUUGCGCCCGGCCUGGCCUCUCUCUCCUCCCGCCUCCCACUUCUCCCCCCAGACUUCCCGCCCGAGAGCGUCUCCACCACCAACCAUUGUUCAAUGCCGGGGUUCAUCAGAAGGCGGGUGUCGAAACCCGCCAUGUCCGGCCAUUACCUCCUGAACGUCUCCACCUACGGACGCUGCUCUGAAAACCUCAGGAGGCGUCUUGCCAUCCCCCCGGAAGGCCUUUUCUGCCAGGAUAGGAAGCCUGACGUGGAGCAGGAGGAGGACGACGACUGGGAGGCUGGAGGCAGCGGCAGUAGCAGCAGUGGGGAAGACGGAAACGAGGCCGAAAGCAACGAGGGGAGCUUUGCGAAAGGGGAGCCGAAGGCAGGAGGAGUUUCGGCGCGCCUCCGAAUCGGACCCGUGAAAGCAGAGCACGGGGUGGUAGGUCGCAAGGAGGGAGCCCUCCCCCCCUUCCCGUCCCCCCAGGAUUACUCUGCUGCAAGGGAGCUGAUUCGCGAACACGGGGCCCAGGCGGGAAGGGGGGAAGCAAAGCGCCACGCCAGUGUCCCAGCAGACUCCACGCCUCUCAGGCCACCGCUGCUGCUCUCCCCCUCCCAUCCGGCAUCCCGGCUUUUCGGGAGUCCCGGGGCGACCGCCCAGCUGGUCGGGGCAGGUUACAGCGGCACCAUCAACGUCUCCGCUUCGCCAGACCUGCCGCAGGAGGCGCUGCUGACGGGCCUCUCGGACCCCGGACGCAUGGGGGAGGUGGUCUCCUUCUCUGUGACCGUGACCACCAUCCCAGCCGGCCAGGCAGUGAGCAGCCCGUCCAGCCCCGGGCGGCAGGCCUCCCUCCGCGGCCAGGUCUUCCCAGACGAGGGGGUCCUGGAGGAGCUGCCCUCCAAGUGCUACUGCCGCCUGAAAGCCAUGAUCGUGUGCCAGGGCUGCGGGGCCUUCUGCCACGACGACUGCAUCGGACCCUCCCGGCUCUGCGUCUCCUGCCUGGUGGUGCGGUAGUGGGCACAAAAGCGCCGGGGGGGGGGGGGGAGAAAGGGGUCUUAGGGGUCCCUUCCUCCCCUCCUACCUUGGGAGCGAUGGAAGCACCUUGGACGGACGGGAUGAGCGUUUGCACUUAAGGAAUCAUGUAAAUAGGUGGCGUUGUUUUGUCUUAAAGAAAUUUGUACGUCCCUCUGCCCCACUUCUCAAGAUCGGCUGCUUGAUGGAAGCUUCACAGUCAAUGAGAGGAGGCUGGUCCAGCCAGGCAGCCGGACUGUCCUUUUCAGGGAGCUUUGUGUGUUGCUAGAAUGCUCAGUCCUGGUUCCCGUGGGUCCUUCCUUCUGCCACAUUAUAUAUAUCCCUGAAUGAUGCAGCGUCAGGUGUGGGCACCUUCUUACGUAGCUGCCAGGCUCUUUCUCCACUGUGUCCGCUCUUACCUGAUGUUUGGUCCUUUUGCGCCAGAAGCUUUUAAUGCUUCUGCUGCCCUGCAAGGGCCUUUUGUUUGUUGGCCCCGAAUGGCUUGGUGGAUGCGGUGGUGCUUCUUCCUUGCCCCUGUUGUGCCUUAGGGAGUCGCAUAGCCAAAGGCAGAGAGAUCACUGCUUGCAAGGAGCACACAAACCCAUGACAAUGAGGGGGGAAAUCAGACCAGGAAGGAAAGGGAAGGAAACAGGGAAUGGGCUGAUCUCUCUGCAUGGAGCUUUUCUACUGUUGGGGAUGAAGAUUUCCCAGGUGUGUGUGUGUGUAAAACUCAGGACGGCACUUUAGAAAUGAAAACAUGUAGCUCUACCAGCUUUCUUCACAUCCAUCACCAUCACUUUGGGCCCUCUCUUAGUUUUUCUUCCUACGCAGAACAUCCCCAAGCAUUCCUGACCUUUCCGGGUCGGAAGCAUCCUCUGUCUGUUUGGAGAUCCUUGCUGUGUAUUGUCCUCAUCUUUUCUAUAUUUCCUUGUUUGGAUGAUGCAACCAGAAUCACGAACCGUGGUCAGCAUGAGGCCACGCCAUAGGUUUGCACAAAGGCCUUAGGAUCCAGCCAGCCAUUUUCUGUCCCCUUCCUUGCAUGGAAUUUGCCUUCUCCGCAGCGUUUCAUGUAGUUCUUGGAGGUGAAGAUCUCUUUCCAAGUUCGUCUCUCAGUUGGGAUCCUUUCAGUGGAACUGGGAUUUUCCUGCUGCAGCUUUAGAGAUGUUUCCCCUCUUUCGCCUGGUCUUUCUUUUCAUUACUCUGGAUUUUUUAAAAAUCGUGUCAGAAACGACUUGAGAACAUACUGCAAGUUGCUUCUGGUGUGAGAGAAUAGGCCGUCUACAGAGAUGUUGCCCAGGGGAUGCCCAGAUGUGUUACCAUCCUGCUGGGAGGCUUCUCUCAUGUCCUAUUACUCUGGAUAUUUGUCAUCUCCAUUCUCAGGUCUGACUCAAACAUAGCUGGGAAAUGACUUUGGUUCACUGAUGAACUGGUUUACAAAGUGAUAUUGGGGAGACGAAUCCCCGGCCACUGGCUCCUGCUCGUGGUCUUUUCUUCUGUUUACUGGUUCUUUUGUCAUGAGAAAGCAGAGCUUGGUGGCCCUCUGGAUCUUCCUACCCACCUGAUUCCAUCAUCUACAUUUUCCUUAUCAAAGACCCCAGAAAGUCUGGCUGGGAAGCCAUGUUGAUUCUUCCUCGGCAAAGCUCACUGCUAGUCCAGAAAACACAUUUGGCUGACCAAGCCAUAUCUUCUGCCCUAAGAUGGGCCUCCACAUCUUCCAUGCAUUGUCACCAAAGGUUUAACAUUUUGCAGCCGUGAUUGGAGGGGCAAUGUCAUGUCCCCUUGGGCCUGUGGCACAUAAACGCACACUUGCAGAACUUGCACAGUCACUUGCACCUAGUGCCAAUGUACUUUUUUUUCCUUCAAAGAGUCUUCUUGGAGACUGUUCGGGAUGCAAGAACCCAUUAGAACCGCCCUGAGUUUCUUUGGGAGAUAGGGCGGUCUACAAAUGCAGUUUUAUUAUUUAUUAUUAUUAUUAGGAUGCAGCAAAUGGCCAAAGCCCCCAAACCCUCCAUCUAUUCUUCUACUAAGAGUUUCUAAACAGGUCUUGUGGGCCGAGUCUCUUUCCCACCUUCAAAAAACUAUUGAUCAAGAGGAGAGGGUUGUGUGGUUACUGGUCCGCACUGUUUUUGUGGGAUGCAGCCAAGAACAUCUCAGGGCAUGGGCCUUGCCAAUCCCAGAACCGCAGGAAUCCCGGUGGACCCAUUGCUCUGUGUGUGUUCCACUUUCCCCAUCUUGCCCCUUCUAAAAUGGGUGGGAGCCCUCUUGGGAAGAGCAAAGCUGCAAGGCCGGGAUGGGUCUGUGUGGGUUGUGAGGUCCAGCAUCCUUCUGUGGGUCAGAUAGAGCCCUUCAACCCACCCAUCUGCUGUGCUUUACCUGCUGAAGCCCACCAGCAUUUCUAGUCUGUCUGGGUGAAGAAGGCGAGGUGAAAGCUUCUUGCUUCCUGCAAUUAGCCCUUCACAUCUGCUGCGGUUAAGGACAUGGGACCUCCCAAAAGUGGGAGAAAAAACUCAAAAUACCUGCUAUUUUUUUAACCUGAGGUAAUAGCUCUUGCACUCUCCGGUUACUCCAUCCUGACUGCAGUCUACUUCCAUUGCAAGGUAGCCAUAGAAUCUCACUGGAGGAGCCAGAGUUCACCAGACAGGUGUUUUCUUGAUGACUCUGUAGGUCCCUCAAAGUGAUUCCAGGGUGGUAGUCCACUAUAGAGUUGUGCUGAAAGACCUAGAGAUUUCUAGAGGAAACAUUUUAAAUCAAACCUGCUAGUCCUAGAUCUGGACGGUUGCUGUUCUCUUGUUGAAAAAAGUCAGUGAAGUGGAUAGGCCUCCUCCAUGUGAGACACCGAGGCUGGGCUUUUGCACUUCCCCAAAGGAGUCCUCUGCUUGGCUGGAGCUAUUUCAGUCCAGGAGGGAUCUGUAAGCAAGGCUUGGAAGCCAAAGGGACUGAACAGGGAUGUGCAUUUGUGGCAUUUGUGGGUGCGGUCUUGAGCCUGGCCACUCGGCUGGUCAUCAUGGUGUCCUGAGCCAUCCCGCCUGGUUCUCUUUUGCCACAAAACAGGACAAAAAGGUCAUUUCUAUCAAGCAGCCACAUCUGUCAGUGGCAACUUCUGAGCAAAUAUUAAGCCUACCGCUCUUUGGAAGAGAAGGAAGGAAGGAAAGAAGCUGUGCUAUGCAUUUGGGGGAAGGAGAACAAGGGGAGGAAGAGUGGGGCUGGGGGCUGUAGUGGCGGAAGGAUGGAGACUCAGUCAAAUAUAUUAUAGGGUUGAUGUAUGUAUUCCGGUCUGUAUGGCCAUAUUCUAGAAGUAUUCUCUCCUGAUGUUUCGCCACGUUUCAUCAGGAGAGAAUACGUCUAGAACAUGGCCAUACAGCCCGGAAUACAUACAACAACCCUGUGAUCCUGGCCAUGAAAGCCUUCGACAACAAAUAUAUUUUAAGUACUAUAUAGGGAGGGGGGGGGGCUUCUCAAGGGAUGGGUGGUUCAAUGCGGCACCACUUUUCUUACCCGAACAUAGGCUGCAAGAGUUCUCAGGAAAAGGCAGCAUCACUUGCACGGAUGAAGGUAGCCAUUGCUCUCUGCGCUGGGAUUGGCUUCAAAUAAAACCUGGGGCACCUCAGUCAGGGCAGCACCUCUCUGCAGGUACCGUGGGAUAUGCACCGUCCAGUUCCCUUUGUAGAUGUUUACCUUU